CAUAGAAACUAAACGGAAGUUUACCGUUGCGAGCUCCGCUAACAAACACAGCUACAAAGAUUUACGAGUAUGUUUUUUUUCAUCUACUCGAACGCUUCAAAAGUAGCCUUAAUUCGACAUAAAGGCGUAUAUCACAAGCACACAACUGAUAUUUGCUCUCGUAAAUGCGCUGUUGUGUCUUAAAUAGCAGUUAGCUUGACGGCUAAUGGUUCUCAGCCUCGAUACUACAAUGUUCAAAGCUAAAAUACUCCUAAUUGGUCCAAAUGAGAGUGGGAAAUCUGUCCUAGCAAAUUUUCUCUCAGACGCAACAGAAAAUGUUGGAGGCGAAUACAGACCCACUCAAGCAGUCAGGAUACUAGAAUUUGAAACACAAUUGGAUGGUUGCGGUGAGGUAAAAUCAUGCGAGGUUGAGCUCUGGGACUGCUCUGGCGACUUCAAGUUUGAGUCAUGCUGGCCUGCACUCACCAAGGACUGCAGUGGUGUGGUGCUCAUUUUUAAUCCAGACGUUCCAAGUCACUUGAAAGAAAUCGAGACCUGGCACUCGAUGUUCAUCUCCUCGCAGGGCUUGCAGGACAGCCAGUGUCUGCUCAUUGCACAUCACAAGCCCGGCAGUGCAAUAGAAGAAGGUCGACUGCCUUUAGCCUCACAGCUGAGCAGACUUCCACUUAUUCAUUCUGAAAUGGAGGAAGAGCCCGAGGACCUGAGGCGAGCUUUCUGCAGCUACCUGGGGAAAGUAGUAAAUACACUUUCGGAAAGUCGGGAGCGGGAGGAGAUGUCCAUCAUCACGUAGCAACAAAAUCUCUUAAAAAUUAGCAGGUAGCUUCCAUUUUUUUCCCCCUCGAACAUUUCUAAAUGAUUCAUCAGACAUAUCAGACGGGUUACUGUAGCUCUCAUAGACAGACUUACAUAUACUUGUUUAUAUUUGGUGUGAAGAACAGGGGUCACCAAGUAAACAUCUUUACAACGACACAUUCGAGUACUAAAUAUUUGAAGGGGUAAAGACAAAAUAAAUGAAUGAAAUAAUUUAGCGGUGCCAUGUUUUGGGCACUCUGGAGCCCUGUGGCAGCCUCAUGCUUUCGGGCUGUUUUUCUUCAGCUGGAAUUGGGGCCUUAAUCAAGGUAUAGGGAAUUAUGAAAAGUUCCUAAAAGCAGUCCAGUUUUUGCAUAAAACCUGCAAGG